UGUUGUGUAAGAGCUGAAAGUAAAAGUUGAAACUCGGCGGAGCAGCGGCAGCGGCACCAUCAGCGGCAGCGGCAACAGCAGCAGCAGCAGCAGCAGCGGCGGUGGCGGCGUCGACUGGGCGCGUUGAAAUCGUAAGACAACGACGGCGAAACGCCCCCCUUCUCGCCGCGGACCAUCAUCGCAAGUAGGAGCGGAAUCGAGGAUUUUAUUAGUUUCGGAAAGCGAGAGCGAACCCGACCGAGAAGAAUCGCCCCCCUGCAGAGGAGGAGGAGAAGGAGGAGGAGGAGGAGGAGGAGGAGGAAGAAAACACUGACGAUGAUCGCAUCGGACAUGUUGCGAAAUCACUGAUCCAACACACCCACCCCGAAGCAAUCGUUCGGUUUUAUCCGAAACGGAGAGCGGAUGCGAACCGUGUCGACGAGGCUGGUACCCGCAGGAUUUCUACCCGCUGCAAGGAUUCGUUUCACAAACCGCGCGCGGUUACGCGGAAUUGCGGAUUUGCGAAAGUCAACUUUUCGCCGUCGUCAAAACACACGGCGGCAACCGCGGUGUGUGUCUGUGUAUCUCUUGUGUUCACUUUCAGUGCGUCUCUCUGUGACGGAGCGAGCAGUUUUCACCCCGCGUUUAAGUGUGCGUCUCCCCGUGUCUCUCGCGAUCAGUGUGUGCCCGUUGCUCGGAGUGUUUUCCUUGGUGCGCGCAAAGUAAAACACAUCGGGGGAAAGUGAUUACGGUAUUAAAUAUUGAUACGUUGGUGCCUUUUGUGUGAAGAAAGAAAUAUUUCCCUCCAAAAGAAAUUAUGAAAAGUGACGACGGUUAAAAGUGUCAUCGUAAUUUAAAGAAGCGACACAACUCGAUUCGCUUCGAAACUACAAAUUUAUCAUCGGGCGCAAUCUGAAUUCAUCUGCAAGGUGGUUGCGUGGCCGUUUAAAUAUCGUUAAUAAUCGAACACCGCGUUGUUCUGUUUCACCGUAUAGUCAGUCGUCCGCCUAGCUGCUGCACGAUCCAACCUCGCUCGCGGGACUUUUACUUUGGCGCGGAGUUUCGUAAAGCGUUACAAAACCAGAGGAGAGAGAAGGAGACGGGCUGAUAGACGGAGAAAGAUACAGAAACAGAGAGAGAGAGAGAGAGAGAGAGAGCGAGAGAGAAAGAGAGAGAAACAGAAAGACGGAGAGAGAGAGAGAGAGAUACGCUGUUACUUUCGGCGCGCGAAACAACCGCGGAUCUUUCGGACCUGCGUCGAAUCGAAUUCAAGAACUCGCGUCUGUCGCACUUUGACGAAGCAUCGAGGAGAGAAGGUUUCGCGGAGAACGGAAAAAAGGACCUGCGAACAUUGUCGAGGGGGGCAGUGGGGGCGGGGGCGGGGGCCGGGGGGGAGGGGGGGAGGGUCAGUGAAAAAAAAAACACCCACACGCGAACGUACGAAGGAACGCACACGCACACCACCGCGAUAAGGAAUUUGAAUCGUGAAACGUAAUACACGCAUCUCGCCAUCUGAAUGCACCGCAAGUGCAGCGGACGAUCCUUGAACGAUAUUUUUAAUAUUAAUAACAAGAAGAGUAAGAGUAAAAAGAAAAGUAACAAGGAUCGAAAAGUGAAGAUAAAGGAGAAGAAGAAAGGAAGAAAGAAAAGAGUGGCAACAUUUAUCUGACAUUUGAAACGAGGUGUACGUGUAUGAUAUAUUUCAUACGUGCAUGCAGGUGGAGAUACUGGAUACGUGCUAUGUGUGUAUGCACAUGCGUUCAUCGAUACGUUGAUAUGCCUGUGUGAUGUAAACGCCUUUCUAUAAUAUUACCUUUUCUUUACCUUGAAGCGGGCAGCGGUGAUCAUAAGUAACGCUAUGGUAACGGUUGGAAUUAAAAGUCCGCUAAAAAGGUUAGAGGGAUAAAAAACAAGCGCGAGCGAGCGCGCGCGCGCGCGAAAGGAUAAGAGAAAGGGAUAGAAGCGCGGCAAGUCCUUGGGACACAGGCGAGUAAAAGUGCUAAGCCAGCCGGCUGACCCUGGAGCCGCUGGGAGGCCCGAAGAGGAAGAAGAAAAAGAGGAGGGAAAAAAAAAGAAAAAAAGAAAAAAAGUAACGCGGAUAAAAAAAAUAAGAAGUAAAGAAAGAAGGAAGGAAGAAACAAGACAGGGGAACAACAAAACAACAACGCAACAAACACGCGCGCAAUCGCGCCACGGCCGGCGAAGGAGGAAAAGAAGAGAGAGGAAAAAAGUAGAAGCGUAGGAAGGAAGGCGGGCAAGCCGAGAACGACGUCGUUUCGUACCAAAGUAGAGACGAGACGGCGCGAUCUUCUUUUCUAUUCGCGCGGGGAAUUCGAACGCGGAGUUGAGGGAGAUCCCCCAUUUCACGCUAAAGCUCCUCGACAACGAUACCGCGACGUCGUUGUUCCACGCGAGGAUUAUCUAAACGGAAAAAGAAACUCGCGUACGCUUGAUCCUCGUGAGUGAUAAGAAGACGCCGAGACCAUCGGUUGGCGGAUUGACCUUGAGGCGACAGCCAUGCGGCAUUAACGAGCCGCAUCAGCGAAUUAGAGGAUGUAAAGUUGCGUCUUCCGCAACCGACGCGAGGAAUAAACCGCUUAUUCGUGAUGAAUCCAUGGUGAAGUUUUUACAGUUUCGAAUAGUGACGAGAGGAAUGGUUUACACCUUUCGCUUGUAACGGAAAAGAGAAACGAGUGAAGUAAUCGACGAAACUUGAGUACAAAAGCGUGUCUCUUUAAAUUCGACCGAUAAUUUUUACAGUGUAACAAAUCGAGUCAAUCGAUAUUCGACGGUUGUGUUGACAUAAGUUGUGUUACUGUUUUGUUAUUUGUGCUUUUUUUUUUUUUUGUUCUUUCUUUUUGUUUCUUCUCGCCACUUGCUAUUGGCCGUGGUCUUCGUUGCCGGUCUGUAAAUAAAUUAUACACAGUGACUAUGUGGAGAAGAACGUGAACCUGGUGAAGUGACAGUGGCCAAUUUAAACCGAUCGUGGAUCGAAAGAAAGAGAAAUAAAGAGAAAUCGAAAAGUUGACGAAUACGUAAAAUUGAGAUAAAAGCAAAGAAUAAAUAGUAAAGAAAUAUCUAGUGAAAUUCAAAUGUUUGUCAGUUAACCGUGCCUAAUAUUAUCUAAUCGUAUACGUGUUGUUCUUGUAUUUGCCAAUUUGGAUUACACGGAAGAAGAUUUGACGAUCGGCAUUCAGAGAUGUAUCCGUACUCGUCGAGAGAAACGUAAAACCCGCUCGCGGGUCGCACACUUUGGAUUGGAUAUUGGAUACUACUGAAAGACGAUGUAUACGGACGGUCUGCUGACCCUCCACUACGGGAAACACCCCGCAACCUUGGCCGCGGAGGUCGGGGCCUGGUACAGCGGGGACCAGCACGUGGACGUCGCCCUGGCCUGCGACGACGGCUCGGUGAUUCGAGCCCACCGCGUCGUCCUCGCCGCGGCCAGUCCGCUCCUGGCGGACCUCCUCCGGGACCCAGCCCUGGACCACGUCGUCCACCUCUCCGGGGUCAGGAAACCCCAGCUUCAUUACCUCCUGGAGUUUCUGUACAACGGAGAAGCCUUGAUACCGUCUUCCGAGCUGAUACCACUGCGGGAACUGUUCGAGCUGCUCCAGAUAAAAUCGGAGCUCUCCGAGUCGAACCAUCCGCAGACUUCGAGCAAGUCUGACCAGGACAGAAUACCUACGCCCCAGCCCUCGGAAAGUCAGGAGAGCUCGAGUUACGAGUCACAGUACGACGGCAGUAGGCAGUCUAAUAACCCGGCCGACUGCUGUUCGGUUCUCAUAAAAACCGAGGGAUGCGAAGAUGAAACGGAAGUCGACGUCGAGGGCGUCGAAGGAGAGACCCACCACCAUCUAAGCGACACCAGAGAAGGGAGUGUCGAACCUCCCCGGAGGAGGGACAGCUCCGAUCCUGUUAACCUGUGUUUAAAUUCCGGCGCCUCUACGACCAGCGAAGGUUCACACGAUGUCGUUCACAGGCCAGAAAAGCCCCUGCUGGAAAGACGGGAGUCGUUGGAGGAAACCGAGGAGCGUAGAAGGCAGCUUCAGGCUCGUUUGGCGCUCGGCCUGGAGCCGGGCAAACGGAAACCCGAAGAGCUGCCACUUCCCCCGGCGGAAGCGUACGUGGUAACUCCUCACAGAAAGAGAAGGCCAGGGUUUCACAACGCCCCUGCCCAGAACCCGGCCUUUGUUCCCUUCAAUCCUGGAUUCGAGACGCCCCGGAGGCUGCAGGCGCCUCAUCCCCACAGUAUAUCAGCCCCGCCUUACCUAGACAGACCGGUGACGCCGCCAGGAGCGUCGCACAGGCCGCCAAGCGCGGAUCCGGUACCAGCAGGGGGCCUGGAAACGCAGUGGGGGGCGUGGACGCUGCCCCCGAGUCGGGCCCCGCCGCCCCCGCCGCCGGACGACCCCCCAAAAUCGACCCCCGUCCGCGAGUAUCGCUGUUCGUACUGCGGGAAGCAGUUCGGCAUGUCGUGGAACCUGAAAACGCACCUGCGGGUUCACACGGGGGAAAAACCGUUCGCCUGCCGCUUGUGCGUCGCGAUGUUCAAGCAGAAGGCCCACCUCCUCAAGCACCUCUGCUCCGUUCACAGAGGCGUUAUCGCCGCCCCCGACAACACGUUUUCCUGCUGCUUCUGCAAUUCGAGCUUCGAGAGCUUGCAGGAGCUCAUCAGGCACUUGUCGGGGCCCCACAACGACUUACUACUAAGUAAAAACCUCGCCGACUAAUGACAAUUCUAAGGCUGUUCCUUUCUGGGGACACCUAAUUUAUUUACAACUCUUCGUACCGUGAUCAAUGAAUCCGUUUCUCAUCUGCGGCAGCGUCGUAAUGUGUUUUGCGCUGUCUGCGAUGUGCGUUACCUUAGUUGCUUCUCAUUCCUUUACGUUUUCUCUUUCUUUAAAGCGGUAUGUGUCACGAAGAGACGAUUGAAAAGGUGAGUGAAUUUUGGGAAUUUAUACCUCGACUCACGAGUAUUUUUUAUGCUAGAAAUAAUUAAUGAAAGCAGUGUUAUCGACAACAACGUCAACGAUCUUGCUUGGCGACAUGUUUCUCUGAGUUCACUGUGUCUCAAAAACGGUUAAAUGGAUUCACUUCAAAUUCAUCAAAAAUCACUCAGGCACGGUGCACAGUUUUUUUUUUCGCAACAAAAUGGCGACUACAUGAACUUGAAAUUCUAAUCUUCGUAAAAAAUGUAUUACUUUGUUUUAAGACUCAAUUAAUUUAAACAAUAUGAUAAUUACGAAUAAGCGAAAUCGUGGCAAAGAGAAUGAACUAUAUAAGAAUACAUCCUGGUUACCAAAAAACAUGUCACCGCAUGAAAGAGUUGACAUUAUUAUCAAUAAUAAUGCUUUCUUUUAAUUGAUGCUACUUUAAAAGAAAAAAAAAAAUACAUAAAUAAAGCUCGAUCGACAUACUUGCGAAUAUAACAAACCCGAAUCGAAUUAAAUAAUUGGAUGUCGAGAUAUGAAUUCCCAAAAUACACCCACUUUUUCAGCCAUCUACUCGUGUUCCAUAACCCCUUGAGACCCAACCAUAACCGUUUAUUUUUGCAAUACAUACACACAAUACUAGUAAUUUCAGCCAACUCAAUUCGCAGUUAUUAUAAUUUAUUUCAAGGUUAAAUUAUAUUUUAGCAGCCCUAGCGGACAUUUUGUCUGCUGUAAAAUACCAUUUGAUGUAACAAUUAGCGUCGGUAACCAGUGCAAAACCAAAAUAAAAUUACGAAUGCCUCUAACAGCGACCAUUUGAUAUUGCAUCGAGGCUUGAUUUUGUCUCAUGAAUAUCGGUAAAAACAAUAUUUUCCUCGAUAAUCCGAACCUAAAAUUGUGGAACGUUACUUCACGCCAAAUAUUCGAUAAAUAUCUCUUCCUUUUCACGAAUUUAGCCCCUGAAAAUCACCUCCACUUGUGUAGAUGUAUCGAAAAAGACGCAGGUACGGCUUACUCUGGACCUU